ACUACUACCCUAACCCGGCCCACUCCUCUUCCUCCUCCUCCUCUCUCGCUCUCUCUCUCUCUCUUCCCCUUCCGGCUUCCGCCUCCGCGCCUCGACGACCAGGGUAGCUCGGCCGGCGACUCCGCGAGCGGCGGGGAGGGAGCUGGAGCAUCAUCGCACGUGACUGGAGAGGGAGGACCCCCCCCCCCCCCCCCCCCGAAGAUUUGAUUCGAGAUGAAUGCUCCCGACCGCUACGAACGCUUUGUGGUGCCUGAGGGAACCAAGAAGGUAUCAUAUGAGCGGGAUACAAAGAUUGUGAAUGCUGGGUCAUUCACAAUUGAGCGUGAGGACCACACCAUUGGCAACAUCCUCCGCAUGCAGCUCCACAGGGACCCAAACGUCCUCUUUGCUGGUUAUAAGCUCCCUCAUCCCCUUCAGUACAAGAUCCUUGUCAGGGUCCAUACUGCAAACCAGUCCACCCCUACUCAAGCGUACACACAGGCAAUCAAUGAUUUAGACAAGGAGCUUGAGAAUCUCAAGCAAGCUUUUGAGGAUGAGAAGAUCCGCUACGAGGAAAGGCCUAAGCAGGGAUACUAGGCCAACACUCCUUAAAAUGCAGAACCUCUGUUGAUGUUAGAUCUGAUGCCUGAGCAUUAGUAGAAAAAAAAAUGCUACUAUGCUGAUCAAUGAACUCUUUUAAGAAACUUGUUUAUGCUUAAACUCGUACAACGCAGUUCAUCCUGAUGCAUUUCUGUUGUCUGUGCUUGGAGCAUGCUCUAUUAAGACUUGUCAUCUCUGAACUGCCAUUGCAUGAAAAACAUUAAAAUUGAAGUGCUACACAUCGAAGAAAAACUACUGGCAUGUGGGAAAAUUUUUGUGCUA